GAUGCUCGACCCAGGGCGCAGCGGGCUCCGCAUGCGGUGGCAGGUGCCCCCCGAAGCUCCGUGCCUGCACCGAGUCCACACCCCAACAGGGGGCCGAGUCCAAACGGGUGUCAAAAAAAAAAAAAAAAAAAAAAAAAAAGGAAGAGACCUGGCUGCCUUGUGCCUUCUCAGCAUCUCUUGUCUCUGCACGUUGCGCCUUUUUCUUACCAUUUCUAAGCUCGUGCAUUUAAGUUCUGUCCUAAUUUUUUAAGGAAAGGAAAAGCAAAGUGUGGAAGUGCUGCCUAGGCUCAUUCCCUCCGCUUCUCUGUUCCGAACCUUGGCCGCGGCUCGGUCCCGCAUAGCCUCCUGUUACCGUCCAGGCCGGCCCGACCCCGCGGCACCGGGCGAGCCGGGGGCGGCAGACGGGCAGGGCCCCACCCCGCGCCGAGGGGCGCCCCGGGGACCGGCCCAGCCUCAGCCCCGGCUCGGCGCGGAGCCACGGUGGCAGCCUCCGCCGCGCCUCGGGAAGGAGCAUCGCGACAGCCACCGAGACCAAACCUCGGCUCGAAGCGCACCGGUAGAGCCCCCCAUCCCCCGCGGAGGCGGGCUCGCAGAGCCCCUGCUGCGAUUGCAUGGAGCGGUUUGGGUCUCUCCCAGCUGCAGGGAGACGUAACAGCAAACUUUCUUUGGAGUCGGCCGCUGCUCGUGGGCGCGUUUGCCUUUGAGCGGUCCCGUGCGGUCCACGUUCUUGGCUCACCUACGAGCCCAACUCCAUCUCUAGCCAGCAUGAGGCUCCCCGAGGGAAUAAGGAGAUGCCGCACUAAGCAGCCGGGGAAGAACCUGCCUCUCAUCUGUUGCACCGGAGCCCGGCGGCAAGCGCGGUCCCCCCGGCUGGAGGAGACGGACACCCACUAACUCGUGGGCGUGUAUCGCAGAGUUCACGUGUGGCAAACGCGAAGAAAAUAAAAGUAAAAAUGGGGAAAAGUGGCUGAGACGGACGAGAGCCAGUGAAAUAAACCAAACACCUUUAAAAGGGAUUUAAUUUACAGACGGGAUUGGAAAGGGUAUUACUUCCACGGGAAAAUGUGAUCUGUUAAAACUGUUGAAGCAAGAUGCCGGCUGUCAACGCGUGCACCUAAACCAAAGACAAAGUAUUAGAAUGGCAUAAAAUAUGGCCCAGUUCUACUACAAAAGAAGUGUCAAUGCUCCCUACAGAGACCGUAUCCCUCUUCGUAUUGUACGGGCAGAAUCUGAACUGUCUCAUUCAGAGAAAGCCUAUCUGAACGCCGUGGAGAAAGGAGAUUAUGCCAGUGUAAAGAAAGCUUUGGAGGAAGCAGAAAUUUAUUUCAAGAUCAAUAUUAAUUGCAUUGAUCCCCUGGGAAGAACUGCACUCCUUAUUGCAAUUGAAAAUGAGAACCUUGAGCUCAUUGAGCUGCUCUUAAGUUUUAAUGUAUAUGUGGGAGAUGCUCUCUUGCAUGCCAUACGAAAGGAGGUAGUUGGAGCCGUGGAGCUGCUGUUAAACCACAAGAAGCCCAGUGGGGAGAAACAGGUGCCACCAGUGCUUCUGGACAAGCAGUUUUCAGAAUUUACACCGGAUAUCACACCCAUUAUUCUGGCUGCCCACACCAACAAUUAUGAAAUCAUAAAGCUCCUUGUGCAGAAAGGGGUCUCGGUGCCCAGGCCACACGAGGUUCGCUGUAACUGCGUCGAAUGUGUCUCGAGUUCAGAUGUGGACAGCCUCCGCCACUCUCGAUCCAGACUCAAUAUCUACAAGGCUCUGGCAAGUCCAUCUUUGAUUGCUUUGUCCAGUGAGGAUCCUUUCCUUACCGCUUUUCAACUAAGCUGGGAGCUGCAGGAACUGAGUAAAGUCGAAAAUGAAUUUAAGUCAGAGUAUGAGGAACUGUCACGGCAAUGCAAGCAAUUUGCAAAAGAUCUCCUGGAUCAGACACGGAGUUCCAGGGAAUUGGAAAUUAUUCUUAAUUACAGAGAUGAUAAUAGCUUGAUAGAAGAACAAAGUGGUAAUGAUCUUGCAAGAUUGAAACUGGCAAUUAAGUACCGUCAGAAAGAGUUUGUUGCUCAGCCCAACUGCCAGCAGCUGCUCGCAUCCCGCUGGUACGAUGAGUUCCCUGGAUGGAGGAGGCGACACUGGGCUGUGAAGAUGUUGACAUGUGUUGUGAUAGGACUCCUUUUCCCAGUCUUCUCUGUGUGCUACCUGAUAGCUCCCAAAAGCCCAUUAGGGCUGUUCAUCAGAAAGCCAUUUAUCAAAUUUAUCUGCCAUACUGCAUCCUACUUGACUUUUCUGUUCCUGCUGUUGCUUGCCUCUCAGCACAUUGACAGGUCAGACCUGAGCAUGCAGGGACCGCCACCAACCAUCGUCGAGUGGAUGAUAUUACCGUGGGUCCUGGGUUUUAUCUGGGGUGAAAUUAAACAGAUGUGGGAUGGUGGACUACAGGACUACAUUCAUGAUUGGUGGAACCUCAUGGAUUUUGUAAUGAACUCCUUGUACUUAGCAACCAUCUCUUUGAAAAUUGUUGCAUUUUCAAAGUAUAGUGGGUUAGUUCCACGGGACAGCUGGGACAUGUGGCAUCCAACCCUGGUGGCUGAGGCCCUGUUUGCAAUUGCAAACAUCUUUAGCUCUCUACGCUUGAUCUCGUUAUUCACUGCAAAUUCUCACCUGGGACCUCUGCAGAUAUCUCUAGGAAGAAUGUUGCUGGACAUUUUGAAGUUUCUCUUCAUAUACUGCCUUGUGCUGCUAGCUUUUGCAAAUGGAUUGAACCAGCUGUACUUCUACUAUGAGACAAAUGAGCCCGGCAACUGCAAAGGAAUACGAUGUGAAAAGCAGAAUAAUGCAUUUUCAACAUUAUUUGAAACACUGCAGUCAUUAUUCUGGUCUAUAUUUGGACUCAUCAAUCUCUAUGUGACCAAUGUAAAAGCAAGGCAUGAAUUUACUGAAUUUGUUGGCGCCACCAUGUUUGGUACCUAUAAUGUAAUCUCUCUGGUUGUUCUACUCAACAUGCUAAUAGCCAUGAUGAAUAAUUCUUACCAACUUAUUGCUGAUCAUGCAGACAUUGAGUGGAAGUUUGCUCGAACAAAACUCUGGAUGAGUUACUUUGAAGAAGGAGGAACUCUGCCAACUCCUUUCAAUGUCAUACCAAGCCCAAAGUCUCUCUGGUAUCUGAUCAGAUGGUUAUGGAGACAUCUCUGCAAGAAAAAAAUCAGAAGAAAACCGGAAAGUUUUGGAACAAUAGGGAGGCGUGCAGCUGACAAUCUGAGAAGACAUCAUCAAUACCAGGAAGUUAUGAGAAAUCUGGUUAAGAGAUAUGUUGCAGCAAUGAUAAGAGAUGCCAAAACUGAGGAAGGACUGACAGAAGAAAAUUUUAAGGAGUUAAAACAAGAUAUUUCCAGCUUUCGUUUUGAAGUCCUGGGUUUGUUAAAAGGAAGCAAGCUGUCUAAUUUGCAGACUGCAAAGGUGAACAAAGAUACUGCCUCUCUGUCAGAAACUGAAGAAAAUAGUGAGAGUGAAGGAAACAAGAAAGGAAAGAAAAAGACCUUCAGCCUUUUUGACAUAACAACGAUGAUUCACCCAAGAUCAGCCACUAUGGCCUCUGAAGCACAUAAUGUAAGCAACGGCUCAGCAAUGAUGGUGUCAGAGUCCACUAAGGAGAAACAAAAGCGUGUGAAUUUUGUAACAGACAUAAAAAAUUUUGGGUUAUUUCACAGACGAUCAAAAACAAACUCUGUGGAGCAGAGUACAAAUAAAAUAUACACCGUUUCUGAAGAAGUUUCCCGUCAACAGGCAGAAGAACAAUGUGAGAAAACUGCUGAACUGGAAGAGGGAGAACUGACCAUAAACUGUGAAUUAAACAUCCAAAGUCCUGAUGAAAAAUGCGUGUUAGCUGAGUCACAAAAUAACGGUGACUCUUCAGAUUCACAGGAAGAGGGAAGUAUUUGUGCUUCAGAAAUGGAGAAAAUGGAGUUACAGAACUCAGAACCAGCCACACCGCAGGAUCAGCUGGACAAGGAGUUGGACAUUAGCAUUGACUGUGAUGGGAAACAAGAAACAAUUGAUCAGGGUGAUUAUGUGAUAACAAGGUUGUGAUGCUUACAGGAGGAAGCAUUUACAAAUAUAUAUAUUUUGCAUAGUGCUUUUGGGGGGGAAUGUUUUAAGAAUUAUAUUAGCAAAUGCAGAAUUACACUUUAUAGUACUCAACUGUGGCACAUGAUCUUGUAACAUAGUAGUCAAGAGAAAGAUAAUACGGGGACCUUCUGUUUUGUAGCCUGCUUUAGCUUUCACGAUUUGUUUUACAUUUUUUAAUAAAUGGAAGCAUCUUGUAUUCUUGUACUGUUGCAAUAACCCACAGAAACUUUUUAGCUAUCUUUUUCAAUUACAACAAAUGCAAUUUCUCUCAUAUGAUAGUUGACUCCUAUGAUAAAUAUUUUUCUAUGCAAAUAAAAAGUAGCUUAAGAGACUUGUAAGCCUUUAUUUAACUUUGUAGGUUCUUAAAACAUUCUGGGCACCAUAAUAUUCAGAAGUGGCCCCUGUCAGCAUAAGUCAUGUCAAGCUAUUAGAAUAAUUUAUUUAAAUUGUUAGAAACUUGAUUUGUUUCAAAAGCUAUACAGAAUCAAAAGAUAAAGUAUAUUCUUUUAUUUAUUGAAGGAAUAUGAAUACCUGUAAAUUAUGAAAGAUCAGUCUAUUUGAUUAUUUAAUUACAGCUUCUCCCUCCCAGCAAGAGGAUUAUCACUGUCCUGAUACCAUUGUUAGAAAUGCAUCUGCAGGAUAUGAAGACUGUAAAAAAUACGUUUCUUAUAGUAAAAGAAAUAUCUGUGGCUUGCUAAAAACUGGUGACGGAUUACUCCCUGAUAAUCCUUAAUCACAAUGGCUACUGCAUCUUCAACCAUUUGUUUUUCCAAAUGUGGACAACCUAUGCACUUUAAUAUUCAGCUGCUUAUUAGCUUUUGCCUUCACAAUACACUCAUAUUUGCUAAGGCAAAGAAGCUUCAGGAAUAAACAAACAUACAAUGAUCCCCUGAGCACUUGAAAAAAUAUGGCAAGCUGUUGAGAAGUUUUUAAAGGCAAGCCUUAAGAGAGUUUCUUUGAUAAUUUCAGAGUUUGGGGGAAUCUGAUUGGAGGUUUUAUAAAAAAUACUUAUACAUUUUAAUGUAUAAAGAAAACCUAACAGUAUUUUUCAUAACUAAUGAGUGGCUUACUGUCCUAGUCAAAAACAGUAUUUUUAAAAUUAAACAGUCUGUUUCUUUUUAAUCAGUGACUGGUGUCCUACAUUAUUAAAAACAUAGUUUUACAACGGAUCUAAGAAUAACCACCCUCAAACUCGCAGCACCAUCCUUCUCCUCCCUUGGAAACACAUGAAUAUACCACAUCAGUGUGGUCAUUUCAUUCUUAACUUCCCCAGCCCUGCCAUGGAAGAUUUUGUAGUUCAUAUUAGCCUGUAUUAAGGAACCUCCAGAGGCACAGAGUACACUUACAUUCCAGAUGCAAUCCAUCACAUGUGACUCCCACUUUGUAGGACCUGACCUAAAGCCUUACCAUUCUGGACCUAAACUAUCCUGGUACUGAACUGAGUUUUGAAAAUCCAGGCAAACCCCUCUCAGCUCUAUACUUUUAGGUGGGCUUUCCAGCUCUACUUUACACAUGUGCUACUCUUUCUGAGCUCACAUACUGAAAGCUUCCUUCCUGCACAUCUAUCUGUGCCAUGGCACCUAGGAGACAAUUAUUUGAACCAAAAUGAAAAUAUGUGCAGUAAUUGGAAAAUAAUUUGUAUAGCUUUGCAACAAUGCAUUCGAACCACAUUUGAUUGCUAAAAUAUGGUUGAUUUCCAUCUUGGCCUCUUGACUUCUCUGUGGACUGCCUCUCCUUCACGUCUUUCUCCUUGUCCACCUUUAGAUUGUGAGCUCCUCGGGGCAGGGCCUGUAGCUUUUCUGUUUGGAAAGCACCUGAAUUAUUACAAGCAUA